AUGCAGAAGCGGGGACUGGAUGAUUUGGAGCAAAAUGAAGUUGCAAUACAAGCCAAGAGGGUGUGCCCUACUGUUGAAAGGGAGUAUUCGACGGAACAGUUUAACACGGAAACUGAUCCUAAUGGUCUAGCUGGAGGUUUAGCUAUUUUUUGGGAAAACGAGACACCACUCACGGUGAUGAAGGCAUCCAGUUUUCAAGUUACAUGUUUGGUGCAGGGAGGUAAGCCAGACCGGGAUUGGUGUUUCACUGCUAUUUAUGCUACUACAAAGGAUGCAAUUCGGAAAGAACAAUGGAAUUUUCUUAGAAAAUUACAAACUUCAGUUGGAUCAAAAUGGGUUUUGCUAGGUGAUUUUAAUGAUUUAUUGUAUCCAGAGGUGAAGAAAGGAGGUAGAGUAAGGCAUGGUUGGACGUUGAAGAGCUUUAAAGACUUUGUGGCUGACUGCCAGUUACAUGAUUUGGGUUUUAUGGGUUAUCCUUUUACAUGGUGUAACAAUAGGGAUGGGGAUGCGAAUGUGAAGGAAAGGUUGGAUCGGGUUCUAGCUACUGUGGAUUGGCGAAUUCAAUUUUCAGCGGCUGUUGUUCAACACGUCCAUGUUGUUGGGUCUGACCAUGCAGUUAUCUUGUUAGAUUUGUUCUUAAAAAAGGCUCAAAGAGGAAAAGUUUCAUGUUUGACGCGAGGUGAGUUCAGGAUGAGGAAUGUGCUUCCGUUGUUGAAAGGGCUUGGCAAUUUGAAGGGUAUGUUGGAAGCUCAAUUGAAAGGGGUAAGAGAGAAUGAGGGCGAUUACUCUACAAAUGCAUGCGAUCAAGUCCAGAAGAAAAUAAAUGCAGAAUGGAGAAAUGAGGAAUUGUAUUGGCGCCAAAAAUCUCGGAAGGAGUGGUUGUUACAUGGUGAUAGAAAUUCAAAAAAAAUUCAUAUUGCAACCAUGAGAAGGAGAAAUCGAAAUAUGAUAAAAGGACUAGAGGACUCCCAAGGAAAUUGGUUGGAUGAUGAUCAAGCAAUUAGAGGGGAAGCAGAGAAUUACUUCCACAAUUUGUUUACUUCUACAGGAUCUAUUGAUGAUGAGGCUUUCUGGAAUUUGUGGGAACCAAUGGUUACUGCUGAGAUGAACCAGAAAUUAAUGCAAAAAGCUACUGAGGGGGAAGUGCAUCAAGCUCUAAUGGAAAUGGCUCCACUCAAAGCACCGGGACCUGAUGCAGUUACACCAAUUUUCUACCAACAAUACUGGGAUGUGAUAAAGGGAGAUCUUAUAUGUUUUUUUAAUGAUUUUUUAGAGCAUGGUCAGCUUUUGAAAAGCCUAAAUGCCACCAAAGUUGUGUUGAUUCCGAAGGUGAGAGUACCUACUAACAUAGCUCAAUUUCGACCGAUCUCACUGUGCAAUGUGGUAAUGAGGCUUUUUAUUAAAAUAUUAGCUAAUCGCUUAAAACCUUUGUUAGCUAGUAUUAUUAGUGAAGAGCAAAGUGUGUUUGUGCCAGGGAGAUUAAUAACGGAUAAUAUACUUAUUGCACAUGAGGUAGUUCAUUUUUUGAAAACCAGGGCUGGAAGGAAAAAUAAAUUCAUGGCAGUGAAGUUGGACAUGGCAAAGGCUUAUGAUAGGGUGGAGUGGACUUAUUUACGCAAAGUGUUGAAUAAAUUGGGUUUUGAUGACAAGUGGAUUACAGUGGUUAUGGAAACUGUUAGUACUGUCUCCUACUCUAUUUUGUUGAAUGGCAGUGCAGGGGAUCUCUUUGUACCAUCUAGAGGGGUUAGACAAGGUAAUCCUUUAUCACCUUACUUAUUCCUAUUAUGUGCAGAGGGACUUACCAAGUUAAUUAAUAAGGCAACGGCUGAUGGACACUUCUUUGGGAUUCGAAUGAAUAGAGGGCCAACUAUAUCUCAUUUGCUAUUUGCUGAUGAUUCUUUGGUGUUUUGUAAAGCAAAUGACAGGGAAUUAAAUGUAUUGAAACAGUUGCUGAUCAGGUAUGAGAGACUAACAGGACAACAAAUCAAUUACUCAAAAUCGUCCAUUAUUUUUAGUGCUAAUGUCCCAGUUGAUGAGAGGGAAGAUUUGAGUAGAAGGUUGGGAGUUGUCAUUGGGGGAAGGUUUGACAGGCUUGCUGUGGGAGUUUACAAAAGUUUGAGUAGUAAAGUUAUGCACUUUUGGUGGUCUGGGUCUAGGUCUAAGGAAGGACGGAACUUGUGCUGGUUAAAAUGGGAACAGUUGUGUAGGAAUAAGCAAGAGGGUGGCUUGGGUUUCAGAGAUCUCGAAGCGUUUAAUAUUGCACUUUUAGCUAAACAAGGAUGGCGGCUAGCGGUGGAGAAUGGUAGUCUACUCUCAAGAAUUUACAAAGGAAAGUAUUAUCCUCACAAUUCUUUUUUAGAGGCCAGAAUAAGAGGGUUGCCCUUGAGUGGUUGCAAAGAGCUACUAGAUCGUUGGGAUAUGAGAGAAGAAUUAAUGGAUGUGCAGUUGUUAAUAGAUUUUGGGACAAAGUAUGGAAGCUUAAGGAUUGUCCCAGUUUUGGAAGAUCUAAAGAAGCGUCAAGUUGUGGAAUCUGAUAUUUGUUUGAGGUGUGGUUUGGAUAGUGAAUCUAUUGAGCAUGUGAUGUUGAGAUGCCCUUAUGCUGUUAAAAGUAGAAAUAGAUUUUAUUAUGAGCAGAAAGAGAUUGGGGAGAGGGCUCUAAUACAGUUAGCGUUUCACCAUUGGAAUGAGUAUCAAGAGGUUAUUAAAGGCGGCCAUGAAGCUAGGAUAAGCAGUUCCUCUCAAUCUGAUGUUGUGCGAUGGAAAGCUCCUGUAGAAAAUGGAUUGAAGCUGAAUUUUGAUGCUGCUUAUAGAGAUCAGACCAAAGAUGCAGCUACUAGCUUAGUUCUGCAUGAUUGUAGGGGUAAGGUUUUAAAGGCGGUCAUCCAUUUCUUCCCAAACAUGGCUUCUACAUUAGUAGCUGAAGCCAUGUCUGCAAGAUUAGCCUUAAAGUGGGCUCAAGCAUGGGAAUUAAUAGAAGUGGAGAUUGAAGGAGAUUGUAGUUUGGUGAUUAAUCCAUCAAAAGUUUUAGUUGACAUUGAAGCUAUUUGGGGAGAUAUUCAGGCUUAUAUAAAACUACAUGAUUGA